AACUAUUUGUGAAUUUGUGUGCAGUCUUGAUGCUAGAAAUGUUUCAAAAUCCACAAAUACACAGGACGCGAUCCACUAACGCACAGGACGCGAUCCACUAACGCACAGGACGCGAUCCACAAACGCACAGGACGCGAUCCACAAACGCACAGGACGCGAUCCACAAACGCACAGGACGCGAUCCACAAACGCACAGGACGCGAUCCACUAACGCACAGGACGCGAUCCACAAACGCACAGGACGCGAUCCACAAAUGCACAGGACACGAUCCACAAACGCACAGGACAGGAUACACAAACGCACAGGACGCGAUCCACUAAUGCACAGGAUAGGGUACACAAAUGCACAGGACACAAUACACUAACGCACAGGAUGCGAUCCAUAAACGAACAGGACAUGAUACACAAACGCACAGGAUGCGAUACACAAAUGAAUGCAGGGCAGAGUUGUGUUUGUGACAUAAAAACAUAUUUGGAAAAAAAAAAUGAUUUGCAAACUUCAUUUUAUUUAUUUGUCAAUUUAAUAUAUUUUUGUGAAACUACUAACACAUAGCCUAUUUGUGGAUCUCAUUCAGUGCAUUUGUGAAUUUGUUGAAUUUUUGUAAAUCUCACUCCAUUUAUUUGUGGAUCGUAAUCUAUUUACUUGGAAUUAUGAACCAGUUCUAAUAUAAUAGCUACUGUAACUGCUGUAACGACCAUGCAAAUAAUGCUAACUCAAUUGAAUUGAACUGAAAGUCUAUAUAAUUUUUUUUUCAUAUAAAAUGGCCAAGGUUAAUAGUAAAUAAAAGUGUGAUGUGGCGCGCUGUUUAAUGGCCGCUCUAGUCUCAGCAUCAGUAACGCGCCCGAUCUCCAGAUGUCCGUUCCCUCAGUCUCCGCCCCCCGAUACACAUAAGCCCCGCCCAUCGUGCACCUGGGUCUUCCCCGAGCUCGCCGACUAGAGGCAAAAGAGCAGAGCUCCUCAGAGCGCGCGCGGCUACACGGACUGACAGCGCGAGAUCCAGACUCGCACGCGACGACGCUUUUCUUUCUUUUUUUUUUUUUUAAUUAUCUUAUUAUUUUUCUAUCCGCACUUUUAACGAGCUGUGUGUCUCAUCGUCCCGUUCAGCGCACACACGAUCCCUCAGCUCGCGAGCACAACACGAGGGUUUAAAAAGCGGACGAGAGGCGCGCGAGCGAGCGCAGCAUCCUCUCUCUCGCUCUCUCUCUCUCUCCGUUUCUCUCUAUAUAUCUCUCCCCGCUCCAGGCACGCGAGCUCCCAGCCGCAGCGCUGCCCUCGCGCGCCUGACUUCUGACGGACAGAUAGCACUGAGUGCGAAAAAUAAUUUGACGUUUUCAACUGGAAGCGAGAACUUCUAGGACAUACGUUGACAGGACUCAGAGAACCCGUUUCUAGGCUAACGUUUUCGACCGGAGUCCAAAACCGGGGAAUUAAUUUUGCCCUGGUGAAUAACCGUGACGCAUGGUGGGAAUUUCUGCCUCUUUUCAGUAUCGCACUGAGAAGCGCUCCAUCAUGCCCGACUCGCCCGCCGAUGUGAAAGCACAGCCCAGGUUAACUCCGCCCACCAUGCCUCCGCCACCCGGCACACAGGGAGCCCCCAGGACCAGCUCGUUCACUCCCACAACACUAACAAACGGCACCAGCCACUCUCCUACCGCACUGAAUGGCGCUCCAUCAUCCCCCAAUGGCUUCAGCAACGGCCCUUCGUCGUCUUCUUCGUCUUCGCUGGCCAAUCAGCAGCUCCCUCCGGCAUGCGGUGCACGGCAGCUCAGCAAGCUGAAGCGCUUCCUUACAACUCUGCAGCAGUUCGGCAACGACAUCUCACCCGAAAUCGGUGACCGUGUCCGCACGCUCGUGCUGGGCCUCGUGAACUCCACGUUAACCAUAGAAGAAUUCCACUCUAAGCUGCAAGAAGCGACCAACUUCCCCCUCCGACCUUUUGUCAUCCCGUUUUUGAAGGCCAACCUGCCAUUACUGCAGCGGGAGCUUUUGCACUGUGCACGCCUGGCCAAGCAGAACCCAGCACAGUACCUGGCCCAGCACGAGCAGCUGCUACUCGACACCAGCAUCACGUCUCCCGUCGACUCGUCUGAGCUGCUGAUGGACGUCAACGAGAACGGCAAGAGGAGGACGCCGGACAGAACCAAAGAGAACGGCUUCGAGAGGGAGCCUCCACACCCAGAGCACCCAAGCAAGCGGCCAUGCACCAUCAGCCCUGGUCAGCGUUUCAGCCCCUCCAAUGGACUUUCAUACCAACCCAACGGCCUUCCUCACACUGCUCCACCACCCCCGGGCCACUACCGGCUUGAUGAGAUGGCUAUUGGCCACCAUUACAGAGACUCGUAUCGCCACACCAACCACCGUGAGAUCCGUGAGCGCCCACGGCCCAUCGGGAUGCACGGAGGCAUACGUCAGGAAGAGGUCAUAGAUCACAGACUCACAGACAGAGAAUGGGCCGAGGAGUGGAAGCACCUUGACCAUGUAAGAAAACUGCUUAACUGCAUCAUGGACAUGGUGGAGAAGACACGGCGCUCACUCACCGUGCUCAGGCGAUGUCAAGAGGCUGACCGCGAGGAGCUCAACUAUUGGAUCCGGCGCUACAGCGAUGCCGAGGACGUGAAGAAGAGCUCCAGCAGCAGCAGCAGCAGCCAGUCAAGACAGCAGAGCCCUGCAGGCCAGGACAGCAACCCUGCAGAGAUCCACCGGGAGGUGCUCCACAGGCCUGUGUCCGGCUACGUCCCUGAGGAGAUCUGGAAGAAAGCAGAAGAGGCGGUGAACGAGGUGAAGAGGCAGGCUAUGUCUGAGCUGCAGAAGGCGGUUGCCGAAGCCGAACGCAAGGCUCAUGAGAUGAUCAGCACAGAACGCGCCAAGAUGGAGCGCACUGUGGCUGAGGCUAAGAGGCAAGCUGCAGAGGAUGCGCUGUCUGUUAUCAACCAGCAGGAGGACUCAAGUGAGAGCUGCUGGAACUGUGGACGCAAGGCAAGCGAGACAUGCAGCGGGUGCAACACGGCACGUUACUGCGGCUCCUUCUGCCAGCACAAGGACUGGGAGAAGCACCACCAUGUGUGCGGGCAGACGCUGCAGGCGCAGCAGCAGGGCGAGACGCCUAGCACCGCCAGCUCCUCGGGCACUCCCAGCAGCAGCGCUGGCAGCCCCGCCGAUACUCCCUCCACCGCUGCCACGCCACGCUCGGACACGCCUGGCACGCCGUCAGCAUUAGAGCCUGCGCCACGCUAGAGCCAAACCCAUCACAGCCCCGCCAGGACUGUCUCACCUCGCCUCGCUUACUCAAACAUGCUAAUUCUAACAUGCUAACCGAGAAAAAGAGGACUAGUUCCACAGAGCGAUCGCCCAACCGGAGGUCCGUAUCGGGUCAUAUUGACUUGCUAUGACAGAGAACACAAAGAUAUUCUUUGUUUAAAAUUCUCACCAUCCUUUAAUGCGCCCAGUUGCUACUAUAGAUUAUUUUUUGUUUGUCUUAAAUGUUUCCUGUAAAUAAGCAGAAAAAAAAAAGAAAGACCUCUGGAUCAGCACAUUAAACCUCCCGUUUGAUUCGUUUGUUUGCUGUUUGUUUGUUUUGCCUGUUUUCAGCGCUUCUUCUCCUCUCCACUAGCUGGGAUAUGAAACUAGUUGACCUCAACAAAAGACACUUUACCAAACAACAAACCAAGGGAUUACUUCAUAGCUGUUGUAAACAAAGACGCAAAAAAAAAAAAAAAAGUGAUUAUAUGAAAGACAGCAUUUCUAGAAAGGAAGACAAAAACAAAACAAAAAAAAGUAAUGGGGGGAAAUAAAACCAACAGGGCAGGACAUUGUGGAGUAGAACACGAAUAGCAUGUUACUGAACUCGGCAGACCCUCGGCAUCGUGUGCAGAUGCGCAGCAGAUUGUGAAGGAACGCAGAUGUUCCCUCCUCUUUUUCCUUACACGUCUGCAAGACAUUUGAUGCUAUCCAGGUCAGUGGUCUGAAAAAUAAAAGUCUGUUUUUUCACAGAGGAAUGUAAAUGCAUGAAGGACCGAGCAGCUUGAUGAGCGCAGCUCCACGAUGAGUGCGCUGCAUCAGCUCCUAAACAGGAAGUGAAGUCAUCAGCCCACCCAAGAGCGACCCUCACUAAGACAGUUGUUUGGGAUGAAGGGCUGAAAAAACACACGUUCCUCCACUUCUGCCCAGCUUAAGCCCUACCCUCGAUCCUUCUUUCUUUCUGUUCUUUUAUUUCCCUCCUCUUAGCUUUCAUUGUGUUGAACAUUUGUGUCCCAUACUGUCUCUGAUGCUUAUUUAUUGUACAUGUGUUGGACAAAAAUCGUGAUCAUGCAUAAUACUUAAAAAAAAAAAUAAAAAAAAAAAAAAACAACAAAAAAAAACAUUUAGGCCCAUCCUUCUAGCUGGUGCAAAAAUAACAUAUUAAGCAUAUCGCGAGCUGCUUUCCUGUUUGUGAGUGUUUGUGGUAGUUCCUUAGUAGUUGUUUAAGAAGAAAAAAAAACUCCCAUUGUCCUCAAAAAGGAGACAAAAGCUAUCUCUCAGAGCUGCUGCUUCAGUCUAAUGCCGACCUUUUCUGAGAACUAGCAUGUUACACGGAAUGCUAACAUUAAUGUUUUGUACAUGAGACGUACAUAAUUGUAUUUGCACUGUCACAACGUUCCUUUCAGCAUGCUUCUUUUUUCGAAGUUUCUCAGUAGAAAGCCUCACGUCACUGACUCUGCAGUGCUUCUUUACGUAUCUGUGAUUUUUAUUUUCUUUAAGAAAAAAAAAAGGGAAAAAAAUAGUAUCCAGACCUGCUUUUGUUAGAAACGUUUCUUUGUCCUAAACGCGAUAGCAAAAAAAAAAAAAAACGUCAUACCUUUGCUUUGAAUAGUUACAAACAGUGCAUGCACAUUACUGAAUGUUGAAGUAUAUGUUCUUUUUUUUUUUUGUUCAUUUUAUACAAAACAGAAAAAUCAUAUGAAAAAAAAAAACAAACAUACGCUAAGAAUCUAACUUUCCAAAUGCAGAGGUGUAAACAGACAGCUUUAACACUGCUAAGCACCAGGUUACACAGUAUUACAAAAAGAAUUAAACAUGGAAGACAGCCAAAGACCGACACGAAGGACCAAAACCUGAUUUUAUCCUAUAUGUAAAUGUAACAAAAACAAAACAAAACAAAAAAAACAACCAUUAAAUGCACCACUGAUUCUUUAGUUUUUAUCUGAGAGCUCAUCGAGGGAAACCAUUUUGGGUUUCCAUCUUAAAACCUUUAACAUUUUCCUGUCGAAAGCCAAGACCAGCCCUGCUCAGCCUGAACGGAGGAAAAGUGAAGUCACACUUCACUUACGCAUGAGAUCGUGGAUAUGACCUAAUGAGCAAUAAUAGAGACGGUUACAUGAAUCCAUUACUAUAGAAUUAUGGCUAGUGAGGUUUUCCUUCAGCAGUCCCUUGGUUGGAAUAUCACCUAGAGUGCAGUGGGGCGUUGAGACUAAUUCAACAGCACUUAUUCACACAUGACAUAUCUGUAACGCUUAUCAGCCAAAAUGAUCCAGUAAAGCCAUGCAAUCCAUGAUGAUCAAUUUUAAGAGUGGGAAGCUCUCCCCAAACCCAUGGUGCUAAACAUCCUUCUCCGUUUCUCCCUUUCCGAGCUGAAACGAUCCAAAAACAAACUUUUCCUUCACAACGAAGCUGUCUUUGUUUUGUUUUUUUGGUGUUUUUUUUUUUUUUUUUGCGAAACGCAUCCAAUUCCCCAUAUGGUCCGUGUAAUCAGGGCAAACCUGAUAAAACAAGCAAGUACUGUGGACGUCUUAAUGAACACCUAGGAAGCUCCUCUUCUCUUCCUUCUUCUAAAAUAUCUGUUUUGCUUCAAUGUUUUGUUUUUUUCCUCCAUGGCAGAAAAAAAAUAAAAUAAAAAAAACCCUCACUCUACCUCUGACAGCAUGUUACAAGCACCAGUUGCUGAGCAGACACUGGUCGAGUCUAACCAAAUGGGCACGUGAGAACAGGACUUUAAAAAAAAAUAAAUCCAAAGUUAAAAGCUCAUACAGCUGCAAAACCAUAUCACUACUUGGUAACAAUGCAGACCUCAUAAAGAGAGAACUUAAUGAAUAGAAGAAAUAUGCUGAAAAAAAAAAAACUUUUUACGUUCCUUUUUUGCUUGUCUCACACACGCAGAUCGUUUCUCUGAUGAAGAAUAAAAAUAACAAUCGGAAAAAAAUUUCGACUCCAUUUGACGUUCAAGAAGUGAUCGGGUGAGAAACAUGAUCACGCCCCCUUCCUCCCUUCUUCCUCCCUUUCCUGUUUUGCUGUAAAAGCUCUAGGCUACUCGUCAAUGUCGUCUAGGUUCAUGUUCUAAACACGAGGUCUGCUUGAAUUAAAGAAGGCUGGUCAUUUUUUUUUUUUUUUUUUUUUUUUUUUGCGCAUGCCUGUUUUUUGACAAUAUAUAAAGGGAGAUGUACAUGCAUUUUUCAAUUUGUAAAGUGAAUACACGUUGAGCCUGACCGAAUCGAUUUGUCGGGUAGGUAAAGGGAGGGGCGGGUUCGGGCACAAAGAAAUGAAAACUUUUUAUUGUGAAGAAAAGCUCAAAUAAAUGAAGGUUAUUGUGCAAUACUUAAUUGAAACAUGAACCACAGGUUAAUGGUAGACUGACACUGGGGGUGUGCUCUUUCAUCACACUGUUUCAGUAUGUUGUUGAGUUUGGAGUCUACUAUGUCAGAACUGUGGUUUCUUGUUUUGUUUAGUUUUUUUUUUUUUUUGCUCUGUUUCAUUUGUUUUUCUUUAUUAUUAUUAUUAUUAUUAUUAUUAUUAUUAUUAUUAUUAUUUGGGGGCUAUAAUCAAUGGUCUGUCAGUCUGUGAAUCUUUGCAGUAUGAUUCUGGUAUUGUCGUACUCUUUACUGUGUAAUAAAUAUGUUAAUACCUGCACUCGA